AUGACCGACGUCACCAUGCAAGUCGACAACCCACAGGAAACUCUGGAGGCGAUCAAGCAUGGGGAGAUCGAUGAGUCCCUGUACAGCCGACAACUGUAUGUGCUCGGCCACGAGGCCAUGAAGCGCAUGGGCUCGUCGAACGUUCUCGUGGUAGGCUUGAAGGGCCUUGGUGUGGAAAUUGCUAAGAACAUUGCCCUCGCCGGUGUCAAAUCCCUCACCCUUUACGACCCCGCUCCCGUUGCUAUUUCCGACCUCUCCUCCCAGUUCUUCCUCCAGCCUCAAGAUGUCGGCAAGCCGCGCGCCGAUGUCACCGCCCCACGAGUCGCCGAACUCAACUCUUACGUUCCGGUUACAAUCCACGAGAGUGGAAGCCUUGUGGCUGACCUGGAGAAGCUUAAGCGCUACCAGGCGAUUGUUCUGACCCAAACGCCCUUGAAGGAGCAAUUGGUGAUCGCAGACUUUUGCCACAAGAACGGAAUUUACUUGACCAUUACGGAUACUUUUGGUCUCUUCGGUUAUAUCUUCAACGACUUCGGAAAGAACUUUACUGUCGGCGAUCCUACUGGUGAGGAUCCCGUUAGCGGAAUCGUUGCCGAUAUUGAUGAAGAUGGUCUGGUGUCUGCACUGGAUGAGACCCGGCAUGGUUUGGAAGAUGGAGAUUAUGUAACUUUUACUGAAGUCAAGGGUAUGGAUGGCUUGAACGGUAGUGACCCCCGGAAGGUCACCGUUAAGGGACCGUACACUUUCACCAUUGGUGACGUUUCCGGCCUCGGUUCGUACCAGGGUGGCGGUCUCUUUACUCAGGUGAAGAUGCCGAAGUUUAUUGACUUCCAGCCCCUGUCGGAGCAGAUUAAGAAGCCGGAGCACCUGAUCUCAGAUUUUGCCAAAUUUGACCGGCCUCAACAGUUGCACAUUGGUGUCCAGGCCUUGCACAAGUUUGCGGAGUCCCACGAUCACCAAAUGCCUCGCCCACACAAUGACAGUGAUGCUCGGGAAGUUCUCAAGAUCGCCACCGAGCUUGCAGCAGCGGAAGAGGAGAAGGUUGAGCUAGACGAGAAGAUUAUCAAGGAGCUCAGCUACCAGGCUCGUGGUGAUCUUAACCCACUUGCCUCCUUCUUCGGAGGUAUCGCUGCCCAGGAAAUCCUGAAGGCCGUCUCUGGAAAGUUCAACCCCGUUCAGCAGUGGAUGUACUUUGACUCCUUGGAGUCUCUUCCAUCUUCGACCACGCGGUCCGAAGAAAGCUGCAAGCCUCUUGGCAGUCGUUAUGAUGGCCAGAUUGCGGUCUUCGGUAAGGAGUACCAGGAGAAGCUUUCUAAUGUCACCCAGUUCCUGGUCGGUGCUGGUGCUAUUGGAUGCGAAACCCUGAAGAACUGGGCCAUGAUGGGUCUGGGUACUGGUCCUAAGGGUAAGAUCUACGUCACCGACAUGGAUCAGAUCGAGAAGAGCAACUUGAACCGUCAGUUCCUGUUCCGCUCCAAGGACGUUGGUCGUCUCAAGAGUGAAUGUGCUACUGCCGCAGUCCAAGCUAUGAACCCCGAGUUGAAGGGUAAGAUUGUGACUCUCCGUGAUCGUGUCGGAAACGACACCGAGCACAUCUUCAACGAAGAUUUCUGGAACGGACUUGACGGAGUAACAAAUGCUUUGGACAACGUCGAUGCUCGGACAUAUGUGGACCGCCGCUGCGUCUUCUUCCGCAAGCCCCUCCUCGAGAGUGGUACUCUCGGCACCAAGGGUAACACACAGGUUAUCCUCCCCUUCAUUACGGAGUCCUACUCCAGCUCUCAGGACCCCCCGGAGAAGUCGUUCCCGAUGUGUACUCUGAAGAGUUUCCCUAACCGUAUCGAGCAUACUAUUGCCUGGGCUCGGGACCUCUUCCAGACCUUAUUUGUUGGCCCCCCUGAGGCUGUCAAUAUGUACCUCUCGCAGCCAGACUACAUUGAGCAGACCCUCAAGCAGGCUGGUAACGAGAAGCAGACCUUGGAACACCUUCGUGACUUCCUGGUGACUGACAAGCCCUUGACUUUCGAUGAUUGUAUUGUCUGGGCCCGUCAACAGUUCGAGUCGCAGUACAAUAAUGCGAUCCAGCAACUUCUGUACAACUUCCCUAAGGACUCCAAGACCUCUUCUGGUCAGCCAUUCUGGUCCGGCCCCAAGCGCGCCCCGGCCCCUCUGAAGUUUGACAGCUCAAACCCUACCCACAUUGGUUUUGUGAUUGCCGGUGCCAACCUUCAUGCAUUCAACUACGGUAUUAAGAACCCCGGUGUGGGCAAGGACUACUACAGCAAGGUGGUUGAUGAUAUGAUCAUUCCCGAAUUCACACCGAGUUCCAAUGUUAAGAUUCAGGCUGACGACAAUGACCCUGACCCCAACGCCCAGCCCGCCGGAGGCUCUGAUGAUAAUGAUGAGAUCCAGAAGCUGGUGACAACUCUGCCGUCGCCCAAGUCUCUUGCCGGCUUCCGCCUUCAGCCCGUCGAGUUCGAGAAGGAUGACGAUACCAACCACCACAUCGACUUCAUCACCGCGGCCAGCAACCUCCGUGCUGAUAACUACGACAUUCCACAGGCGGAUCGUCACAAGACCAAGUUCAUUGCUGGAAAGAUUAUCCCCGCCAUCGCUACCGCCACUGCCCUGGUCACCGGUCUGGUGGCUCUGGAGCUGUACAAGGUGGUCGAUGGCAAGGACGAUAUCGAGCAAUAUAAGAACGGAUUCAUUAACCUUGCGCUUCCGUUCUUUGGUUUCAGUGAGCCGAUUGCUAGCCCCAAGGGCAAGUACCAGGGCAAGCAAGGUGAGGUUACCAUUGACCGACUGUGGGACCGCUUCGAGGUGGAGGAUAUUCCCCUCCAACAAUUCCUGGAUGACUUUGCCAACAAGGGUUUGGAUAUCACUAUGGUUAGCUCUGGCGUGAGCUUGCUGUACGCCAGUUUCUAUCCUCCCAACAAGGUCAAGGACCGCCUUCCCCUGCCAAUGAGCAAGCUCGUCGAGCACGUCAGCAAAAAGCCGGUUCCCGAGCACCAGAAGAACAUUAUUUUCGAGGUGACUGCCGAGGACCAGACCGAGGAAGAUGUGGAGGUUCCGUACGUGAUGGUCAAGCUGUCGAAAUAG